CCAAGAAUCUAUGGGCUGCCAAAAAUUCAUAAACCGAACAGACCUCUCCGCCCUGUAGUAUCAACCAUAGGAACUGCAACAUAUCGUGUGGCACAAUUCCUAGCGGAAAUCUUGGGAAACGUCGUGGGUAAAACGCAGUACCAUGUGCGCAACAGCUUCGAUUUUGCUAAUGAAAUUUCGCACGUGGUCGUCCCAGAUGGUUGCAUCAUGUACUCGCUGGACGUGGUAUCCCUCUACACCAACGUCCCGGUUGAAAAAGUAUACCAACUAGUGGAAGCAAAAUGGGAAGAAAUACAAGAGUACACCACAAUUCCAUGGGACAGCUUCAGACAUGCCAUGAAAACUGUCCUGGAAGCAUCGUUUUUCCAGUAUGACGGGAAAUUCUACUGCCAAACAACGGGGGUCCCCAUGGGAUCCCCUCUUUCACCGGUAGUGGCGAACCUCAUCAUGGAGAAGGUAGAACAGGAGGCCAUAACACAACUAGAGGAGAAAAAUAUCACCCUGUCCAUAUACAGACGGUGCGUCGACGACUGCUUCAUUGUUGGGAGAAGAGAAGAUGUGGAGAAAGUGGUGGAGCAGUUCAACGUCAUCGACGAGAAGCUACAGUUCACCGUGGAGGAAGAAAUGGAUGAGGCACUUCGGUUCCUGGAUCUCACACUCUCGCGAAGUGGUGAGAGGAUUCGAAAAAUGUGGAUCCCGAAGCAGAAAGAUGGUCGCUAUCUAGACUACCACUCGGAGAGCCCGCAUACUCACAAGGUAAACACGAUGAUCGCACUCAUCGAUCGGGCACUCAAGCUCACGGACACAGAUCGAAGGGAGGAAAGCAUUGGAAUGGUAAAAAAGAUUCUCCGCAACAACAACUACCCGGAGGAUCUCAUAAAACGUACGUUAACAGACCGAGUCCAUCUACUCUACAACACGAUGGAGAACGAAGAGAAAAAAGAGGAAUCGAAAAAGUACGUGUCCAUCCCAUACAUCCCGGGUCUCAGUGAGAAGGUGAGCAAAACGCUGAAACAGCACGAAAUCACAGCUUCAUUCAAGCCAUGUGAUAAGUUGAAAAACACGGUUUUCACCAAGCUCAAAGAUGCCAUACCACCAAUGAAGCAAACAAAUGUGGUAUAUUCAAUUCCUUGUGGGGCGUGCGAGGAAAAAGAGUACAUUGGACAGACGUCACAAACUCUAGACAAGCGCAUUGCGCAACACCGAAACUCAAUACGCACCAAUGCAUCAGCUACGGGACUCACCCAACACGCGGUCGAAAACGGUCAUCAUUUUGACUUCUCCAGAACUUGCAUUCUGGAGAGAAUCGACAACUACGCGAGUAGGCUAACAGCCGAGGUGAUCCACAUAAAAGUAAAGAAAGACACGACGGUAAACUUGCAGCGUGACGUAGACGGAUUCUCCAACACAUACAACAAUUUGAUUAAUAAACUGAAAGACGAGCAACAGCGAACCGAACGACGACACAGAGAAGUAGGCUAAUUAAUUAGAAUGAAAAGUACCGCCUUGGGAAACGGACGGGCGGCGGAUUUUUUCUGAAGAUGACCGAAAAAAUAAAAAAGUAGGUUGAAACGUAAAAACGACGUUUA